UAGGGAGAAAUGGCGACAGAGCCAGGAUGUGGGUGAGUGAUUUUGGGAGGGGUGGAGAGCUAAGGCAACUGACGGCUGCUGUCAGCCCUGACACUGCUCCCAAAGGGAUGGGAGGUUGACUUCUGGCUUCGGCCGGACUCCGUAUGGUAUGGAAUCGUCUGACAUCAGCAUCCUCCUGUCCGGGCUAGAGGUGAGAGGCCCCUCUCUGGAGCAAGAUCUGGAGAAUACAGCCCAGCCUCAAGCCUCAGCUCAGCUGGAGCUUGGGAGACUGAGAGCCUCCUGUAGGGCAGCCUGGCAGAGAAGGACUUUGACCUUGGCAUGUAGACAUCCGCCGUCUCUCCCAUGGCCCUGACAAUGCUGAACGAGCUCCUCAUGGAGGACCCGAGCCCGCCUCUGCUGCUGUACCAGGUUAGCAAGACUGCCAAGUUAGACACCCUUAACUAUCAGAGCUGCUUUAUGCAGGGCAUCUUUGCCCACUUCCCUGAGAUCUUAUUUAUCCACCGGACCUAUAACCCGUCGGGCAAGGUGUUAUAUACCUUUCUGGUGGACGGCCCUCGGGUGCAGCUGGAGGGCCCUCUUGCCCGGGCCGUCUACUUCACCAUUCCUGCCAAGGAGGAUGCUGAAGGCCUGGCCCAGAUGUUCCAGGUGUUCAAGAAGUUUAACCCGGCCUGGGAGAGAGUCUGUACGAUCCUAGUGGAUCCCUGCUUCCUCCCCAUGCCCACCCUAGCUAUAGAGUUCCCCACAGCCGAGGUCCUGCCAUCAGCUUUCCACAUCUGUAAGUUCCUCCAGGGUAAGUUCUAUCAGCUUUCCCUCGAGCAGCCUGUGGAGCAGGCGCUCCUGACCUCCCUGCAGAGCACGAUGUGCUCGGCCACCGCCAGCAACCUGCGGAAGCUCUACGCGCUCCUGAUCAACUAUAUCCCCCCAGACCAGCUGCCCAAGCUCCACUCCUACUGGCUGCUCAACGACCGCAUCUGGCUGGCCCACCGCUGGAGGAGCCGGGCUGAGAGCAGCCGCUACUUCCAGGGCCUGGAGGUGACCACCCGCAUGCUCAGCCAGUUCUUCGGCACCACCCCGUCUGUGGAACAAGGCGUGACCUCCCUGCUCCGAUACAUGCAGCAGAAUUCUGGAGACAGGGCAAGCUUCUGCCUGGGCUUGAGUCCCCAGAACAAUCGUGCCACCUCAGACAUCAGCCCCCAAAUCCCCAAAGUGGAGCAGCUGGUAGAGGCCUGCAUCCAGCACUCCCUCAGUUCCAUCUGCACGGGGCCAGCAGCCCAGCUCUGCCUGGGUGAGCUUGCCGUGGUCCAGAAAUCUGUGCACCUCAUUGGCUCUGGCUCAGAAAAGGUGAACAUCCAGAUCCUGGAAGACACCCAUAGGGUGCAGCCCCAGCCGCCCGCCAGCUGCAGCUGCUACUUCAACCAGGCCUUCCACCUGCCCUGCCGCCACAUCCUAGCGAUGCUCAGUGCCCGCCGCCAGGUGCUCCAGCCCAACAUGCUGCCGCCUCAGUGGACGGCAGGCUGUGCUGCCAAGCUAGAUGGCAUCCUGGGCAGCAAGUGGAGUGAAACCCUGGACAAGCACCUGGCUGUGGCGCUCCUCACUGAGGAGGUGGGUCAGCUCUUGCAACACUGCAGCCAGGAGGAGUUCGAGCGGCGGCACAGCACCCUGCGGGAACUGGCCGACAGCUGGAUCGGCCCUUACGAGCAGGUCCAGCUGUGACUGCCCUCAGUGCCGAGACGCUCACACACAGGCACACACACCCUCCCCACCCCGCCCCCACAAUUAUACUUCAUGGAAGGACAAGGGUCUUCUAGCGUGCCGCAGCCUGGUCCCUACAACGUGUCUAGUUCCCUGAGACAGGAGUGAGCAAACCUUUUCUGCAAAGGACCUAACAGUAAAUAUUUUAGGCUUUGCUGGCCACAUACAGUAUGUUGUAUAUUCUUGGGUGUGUUUUGUUUUGUUUUGUUCUUUUACAGUCUUUUCAAAAGGCAUAGACCAUUCUUAGUUCAAGGGCCUUACAAAAACAGGUGACCCCUGGUCUGAGAUAAGAGAGACCGGGUGAGAUCAAGGUCUGGGAGUUUUCCCUGUCACGGGAUAGCUCACCUGACCCGCAGAGCGAGAAGCCCUUCAGAGGAGAGGGUUCAGACACGUCCCCAGCCUUUUUGCUACCCUC